AUGCAGACGAAGGCCCACAAUGACACGAUCCUCGCGGCGACCUAUGCGAGACAGUGUUAUGGUCAGGACGCUGCUCUGAACAAGUUGCGCUGCAGCAUGUACACCAAGCGAUCCAUCGCUUGGACUGCCUCGGAAGUCGAUUACCCUUUCGCCGGUUCCAUCUGCUCUGCCCCCCUUGCGCUUCAACUGGAUUCUGAAAUCAUCGACUCACAUAUGGAUCUGGGUAUGAACACCCCCGAUUCUGCACGCGUCGGCUUCCGAAAGGUCACCACUUGCUCACCCCUGAAAGUCACCCCUGAAUACGGAUCGGUCGUUACGUCGACUGGUACUGAUCGCUUGGGUGUCGAAGAUGACAGGAUCCGAGAGUAUCAGUAUGGCACAUACUCUAGUACGGGUCUGGGCAAGAAUGUUACCUACAUGUACAAUCAGCACGCCUACAUUGAUGGAUUUGGCUAUGACUCGUGCAACCGAAGCGUCCCUCGAAUCGGCUUUCUGGGAGUCCAUCCCCAACUCGUCCAAACCUCGGCCGACCUGACCCUAAUCUUCCUCGCCCCAAACGCCAUCAAAUACUCCUACCCCGACAACACCCCCUUCUUCAGCGCAAACUACUAUGCCGAUCUCGGCUCAUUCAACGGCGUCAACCUCUCCUAUUGCUCCGCAGACGAAUACGUCAACACCAAGGCCUGCCAAGACCAAUACCAAUACUGCAACGGCGAAUCCCUCGACAGAUGCACCCGGCUGACUGCCUACCAACAAGCGUACGCCGCCAUCUUCAACUCCACCACUCUGGACUUCAACGCCGUGCAGGAAAGCGUAGCAGCACGCAUCAUCCUCAACACCCGCACGCUCAGCAUGUACCACAGUAUCGGCGGGCGAGGGGUGCAGGCGCUGCGCGUCUCGGAAACCAUCCAGGAGCGCAACCAAAUGGUGCACAUCCCGCACAGCCAGUGGCAGGCCGCAGUCGCCAGCUGGCUCGGCGUCAGCAUGGCGCGCCUGCAGCGCUCCGCUGUCGAAUACGCAGCCCCGAGCCUCCGCAAGUCCGAGUACCCUGCAGGCGCACACCCGGGGAAACUUGACACGCCCAUCUCGCGCGCGAUGUGCUACAGCCAGAAGGUCGGGUUGGUGGGCGACACGAUCUCGUUCUCCGUGCUGGGGCUCGUGAUCAUCCUCACGGUCGGCAGCGCUGCGAUCCUGCUGUAUCUGGUGCUCGAGCUGUGCGUGGCGUGGUUCCGGCACCGCCAGGACGGAGGUAGCUACCGUCGCGUGCGGUGGGUCAUGGACGAGAAGAUGCAGGUCCAGCGCAUGAUGUUCGAGGAGGCCGGCAUGGGCGGCACGUGGACGAACCUCGCUGGCGCGGUGCCCGUCACGCAGACGAAAGAGGUCUUCGCAGCUCUCCGUCAUGUUGAUCCUGCGCAUCCGCGCCUCGGGAGGCAGUGGACCCGUCUUGGAGAGGGAGACGGCCGCGCACAGCAGCAGGUGUAUCUCAUCGACAAGACUGCAGGUGCGCAGCAGCCAACGGGAAAUGCCAACCCGUAUGUCUCGCCCAUCGGAGAAUACAUCCCUGUCCUCGGCACUGCGACCGCUGUGCCCAUGCCCACUACACCACCAUACCCGAGUGACAAGCACGGCGGUGGCGGCCAGCAGACAUCCCAGGUCUACCAGAAACAGGUCUACCACGCGCUCACGCCGCGGGGGGCACUCUCCCGCGGGAAGUUUCGAUGGCAAUGGCAAUGGCAAUGCGAUCGCGCAUCCGAACGCCUAUUAAGAGGUUUAUUGGUCUUACAUUGUGCGCGCUGUUGGUGUAAGCCGGAGGCAUUUGGAUCAUAA